UCCGCGCCGUACGGUCCCGCGAGACGUUACUCUGACGCGAACCGUCGCGAGUCCAUGUGAGCGACCGAUAGUUCUCUUGUUGUGUACGGUGAACGAAGGAACGGCAAGCUGUACGCGCCGCAGGAAGACGACAUGCUGACGAUGGAGACGGACCUGAAGGGCGGCAGCUUGCACGCCACGGUGCCGCCGCACCACGCGCUGCAGCACGGCUACGGCUCGCUGGGCGCGCUGGGUGGCAUGAUGGCGCUGCCACAGCAGCAGCCGCUGCAGCACCAGUCGCUGCAGCAGCACCACCACCAGCCGCUGCCGCAGCACCACCCCCAGCCGCAGCAGCAGCAUCACCAGCCACCCAAUAAUAACAACAACACCACCAACAAAAACUCCAACACAGAUCGUGUCAAGCGUCCCAUGAACGCGUUCAUGGUGUGGUCGCGAGGGCAACGCAGGAAAAUGGCCUCCGAUAACCCUAAGAUGCACAACUCCGAAAUAUCGAAACGUCUUGGUGCACAGUGGAAAGACCUCUCGGAAUCCGAGAAACGACCGUUCAUCGACGAAGCUAAGAGACUUCGGGCCGUUCAUAUGAAGGAACAUCCGGAUUACAAAUACAGACCCAGGAGGAAAACGAAGACUCUCGCCAAAAAGCAAGAAAAGUACCCGCUCGGUGGAGGCUCGUUACUGGGUGCGAGCGACGCACAGCGGGCGUCAGCGCCGUCGGCACAACAGCCGCGCGAUGUUUACCAGAUGACUCCUAACGGAUACAUGCCCAACGGGUACAUGAUGCACGACCCAAGUGCCUACCAGCAGCAGGCGUACGGAUACCCACGUUACGACGUGUCACAGAUGCAGCAGGGCGGAUACGGCGGGGGCUACUACGGUGGCGGCGGGCAAGGUUCACCGUACCUGCCGCAGCCGCCGUCGCCUUCCGCCUACGGGCUGGGCCCUGGCUCGCCGGGCGGAUACGCGCUGCCUCCUUCCUGCGCUUCACACUCUCCCAGUGGUUCCUCGGCAAAAUCGGAGCCUGUAUCACCCGGCCCGCCGGGCAUGAAACGCGAAUACGUGCCGCACGAACCGGCGGCCCAGCUGAAGCGCGAGUUCACGCCGCACGCGCACGCACACGCACACGAGCAGCUCGCCAUGAAGCGCGAGUAUGGCCAGCAGGACCUAAGCCACAUCAUCAACAUGUACCACGUGCCGGAUGAACAGCGGUACGCGGCAGCCAACGAACGCGCCAUGCCGCUCAUCUGAGAGUCGCCGUUCGCGUGCGAUAUCGACAUCCCGCCACUAUGAGGUGUUGCUGUGUCGCGCGCCCGGGCCACAGGAGCCCGUCAGUGACUCUAUGCUAGGACAGUGAUCGUUAUCUGCAGCCGUACAUACUGCUGGGUAUGUCCAUUUAUUUGUUUUGUCCGCGGCUCGCCCGCGCCUGUUAGUGUUACGCGAACUGUUGACUUUAGCGUGUUCUCGGCUCGCCGACGGCGAUGCCGAACGUUCAAUUAAUGUUGUUGAUGAAUUUUCUGUAUUAUAUUACAAUUAUUGUAUUUUUUCAUGGUUUAAGUUAAAUAUUCUAAGUUGUGUCGUGCGGAAGUAUGAAAGAUGUGGCGUGAGGCUGUCAUGGAAGAUGACGAGUGGUUGCGGUAAUUUGAAUACCAAAAAAAUUUGAACAAUUUGUAAAUAUAGUGUUAAAGACUAGAGUUGAAGUUGGAGUUAGUCGAUAAACGUAGAUAGAUAGCAUAAGCUGUGCCACGGCGCCACACUCGUACACGUCGUGCGUUGUACAAAAAUAUUUGUUAUAUGGAAACGAAAAAGUUAUAAUAAAGCCUCGAAAGACUAAAUAUUGUAAUACGAAAAUGUACAGUGAGUGUUAUAUAGUCAGUGGACACAAAAAUAUAUUGAAGAGAAAGAUGAAGUUAUCAAUAAACGACGCGUUAAAAUUGUAUAUGCUGUUUUGUUCCAAAUACCCCACAAAAAUUAGGUAACCUACCCCAAAGUGCAAUCAAUCUAUGGCAAAUUGUUUGGUCUUUAUCAAUUUGAGUUAGGAAUUCGCCUGAGCUUAUCUGUAAUAUUUGACCGGUGACUCAUUGUCAUUUAAUGUUGGAUUAUCAAAUUUUGGUUUUAAAAGGUUGAACAGGAAGUGUUGAUAAGAAAUACAUGGAAAUGUCUUAAAAGAAAGCCAACCGAUGACUAACUUCCGUGAUUUAAAUAUUUUCAUACAAAAGACAUCAACGUGUAACACACUUGUAAUUUUGAUUUGUAAAAAAUAAACAUACGAAAAUGUGUAACUUUAACGUUCUUGUGUUUAUUUGAAUGUUUAAAUACCUAUUGAAUUAUAUUGUAUUAAAAAAAUACAAUAUUCCGAUUUCGGAAUCCAAGUCGUAAAAUGUAUAAUCUAAGCUGAUGUAUCUGCUGUAUUCAUAUUUUUAUCACUGCUUCUUGACAAAUGUUAAGUAUUUUUGAUUGAGACAAUUGAGACACUUCUUGUUAACAAAUAAACGAUGUAUUUAAUUUUCGUUAUGAAAGGACAAUUUAAAUAAAACACAAUUCAAAAAUUA